GGAAAACGAUAUAUAUCGUUUCACCUUAAAAUGCACACGGAAUUUCUGCAAUGCGUUUGGUCUGAAAGCAUAUACACUGCCGGAUGUGUUACGAAUCUUCCAAUGACUCGCUGUGUUCUCUCUCUCCGGUCUUCUCAAUUUCGGAAAAUUCAAAGCUUCACCUACUAAAACUCUGAUCCACUUCACACACACACACAACAUACAACAUGAUUGUUCGUGGAGGUUUGUUGAAUCCACUGUUUCAAGCUCCUUCAAUGUCCGAUUCGAUGUCGAUUACAAUUACUUCAACGAACUAUAUCAUUUCACCGUCUUACCGUCGGCCACGACCUCAGUUUUGCUAUCAGUUCCGGUACCAGUACGUUAAUGCCGGAAAUGUAUUGUUUAAUAGCAAAAAGGGCACGCGAGAUCGUGUCAGUUUGUUGAAUCGAAUUCGAGCUUACUCCGAAUCUAAGACAGAAGAAAAGGAAGUAAGAAAGUAUUCACCUAUCCUCGAGAGUCAGUUGGUAUCAGAGAAGAAUGUAUCAACUGCAGAAUUGAAGGCGAUUCCUGAUAUUUGGAGAUCUUCAGCAGAAAAAUUUGGUGAUCGGGUUGCAUUGGUGGAUCCACAUCAUGACCCGCCUACUCAUAUGACAUACAACCAGCUAGAGGAGGAUAUUUUGAAUUUCUGUGAAGGUUUAAGAGUUAUUGGAAUCAAACCAUGUGAAAAAGUUGCACUCUUUGCUGACAAUUCAUGCAGAUGGCUUGUUGCUGAUCAAGGUAUUAUGGCUACAGGAGCAAUAAACGUUGUGAGAGGAUCCAGAUCAUCUGUGGAAGAGCUCUUACACAUCUACACUCAUUCUGAAAGUGUUGCACUUGUUGUGGAUAAUCCUGAAUUAUAUCAUCGGGUUGCAACGGGAUUUAAUUCAAAGGCAUCUGUUAGAUUUGUGAUCUUACUUUGGGGGGAUAAAUCAUCAUUAAAUAGCCAUAGCCAUAGCCAUAUGAUGGAGGGAAUCCCUGCUUAUACCUACAAGGAGAUUAUAGAUAUUGGCCAUCAACAUCGUACGCUUUUGCUUGAUUCACAUGAUGCCUGUGAAAAGUAUGUUUAUGAACCCAUCACGUCUGAUGAUGUGGCUGCUCUUAUAUACACAAGUGGGACCACUGGGAAUCCAAAAGGAGUAAUGCUUACACAUAGUAAUCUUUUGCAUCAGGUUAAUAAUUUGUUUGACAUUGUCCCUGCGGGGCCCGGGGAUAGAUUUGUAAGUAUGCUUCCACCUUGGCAUGCAUAUGAACGUGCUUGUGAGUAUUUUAUACUUUCUUUGGGAAUUGAGCAAGUAUACACAAACGUGAAAUACUUAAAGGAUGAUUUGCGACACUAUCAGCCACAGUACAUGAUAUCUGUCCCUCUAGUAUUUGAAACUUUAUACAAUGGGAUUCAGAAACAAAUAUCCACCUCAUCUGCUAUCCGUAAGGUGAUUGCAUUAUCAUUGAUAAAUAUCAGUUUGGUGUACAUGGCGUUCAAAAACAUAUAUCAGGGAGAAUGUUUGUCAAGAAGUCAGAAAGAACCUUCUUACAUUGGUGCAACAUUGGAUUGGAUAUAUGCACGGAUUAUUGCUGCCUUUUUGCUCCCUUUACAUUUAUUGGCAAACAAACUUGUUUACAGUAAAAUUCAUUCGUCUAUUGGGAUUUCAAAGGCUGGCAUAUGUGGAGGUGGAAGCUUACCGUUACAUGUUGACAAAUUCUUCGAGGCAAUUGGAACAAAAGUCCAAGUUGGGUAUGGAUUAACAGAGUCAUCUCCUGUCAUAGCUGCUCGACAGCCAUAUUUAAAUGUUCUUAGAUCGGUUGGGCGUCCAAUUCGAGAUACAGAAAUAAAAAUUGUGGAUGAUGAAACCGGUGAAGACCUUCCCCACGGUUCAAAGGGAAUAGUCAAAGCCAGGGGCCCACAAAUCAUGCAGGGUUAUUACAAGAAUGAGGUUGCUACAAAGAAAGCAAUAGAUGAGGAAGGGUGGUUGAACACGGGGGAUAUCGGUUGGAUUUCCACUUCCCAUUCGUUAGGCCGAAGUCGUAAUUCUGGUGGCAUUAUUGUUCUCGAAGGCCGUGCCAAGGACACCAUUGUCCUUUCUACAGGGGAGAAUGUUGAACCGGAACAAAUAGAAGCAGCAGCCAUGAGAAGUAAUUUAAUUCAACAAAUAGUUGUUAUUGGUCAGGAUCAACGUCGUCUUGGAGCUAUAAUUGUUCCAAAUAAAGAUGAAAUUGUUUUGGCAUCAAAAAACGUGUCCAUGUCAGAUUCUGGUAAUGCUCAACUUACCAAAGAGAAAAUGGCUGCCAUCUUAUCUCAAGACCUUCGUAAAUGGACAUCAGAUUGCUCAUUUCAGGUGGGACCCAUUCUCGUCAUUGAAGAGCCUUUUACGAUUGAUAGUGGUUUGAUGACUGCAACCAUGAAGAUCCGUAGGAACCAGAUCAAGAGACCCUGCCAAAAAUGUGAAUCGACUCCAACGUUUUGUAAACCUCCCGUGAUUGUGAUCUCGAGAGUCCUCAACCAGAUUUUUUAUGAGAAUAUGACGGAUAGUCCUUACAAGCCCUCAAUUCAACAUUGUAGUGUUCUUCUAAGAACCAUUGCAGGCAACAUUUCACCAAAUUUGGAUCUUGUUUUUCGGGUAGUAAAUAAAUUUGAAGCCACAGGAAACUCUCUUUCAAAAAGCGUUUAUGAUGGUAUUCAUAGAUCAUUAACAAGUGUAGGUCAAUUUGAUGAAGCCAAGAAGAUGAUGGCAACCAUAAAAGAUGUAGGAUACGAACCCGAUAACAUAACCUACAACCAAUUAAUCUUUGGCCUAUGUAAAGCCAGAAGACUAGAAGAUGCAGCCAAGGUGCUCGAUGAAAUGCAAGCAAAUGGUUGCAAUCGUGACGUCAAGACAUGGACGAUUCUAAUCAAGGGACAUUGUUCAGCCAAUGAAGUUGACAAAGCUCUGAUCAUUUUCGCCAACAUGAUCGAGAAAGGUUGCAAGGCUGAUGCAGAUCUUUUGGACGUUUUGGUAAAUGGGUUCUUGAGUCAAAACAAGGCCAUUGAAGCACACCAGGUGCUUGUUGAAAUGACUGAGACAAUACAGGUGGGGUGA